CGACCAUCUGGGCAAUCCGUCCCGCGCUGGGAGUAAACGGGGACGUAGAUAGUGCUAUGUUGCAGUUUAAGGGCCAUUUACGGCCUUGCGCUGUAUCAGAGGCCCGGACCCACAACGUCUGCUUAUUCCACACUGCACAGUUUGUGCGCAAACAACGAUGCAAGAAGCUUAAAAGUGACACUCGAUUUGUUUUUAGAGCUUUGCCCGAUGGUCCCGCAACAAGUCCCAGCGCAAGCGCUAGUGCACGCGCUGUAUUGGACAAAACUGCUGGGCGGAUGACCUACAAGCCCCUGUCCUAUGGCGAGAUGGUCAACGAUGCAGUGGAAUCCAUUAUGGCGGCGCUGAACGACGGGCUAAGGUGGCUCGAGGUGGAGUUCCCUGCCUUGCCAACCAACGUGGAUGGCUACAAGGGAUCAUCAGACCUCUUUAUUGACUCGAACACGCAGCUAGCCCUCGCGGGAGCUAAGCGGUUAGCCGCCCGGGGUCGCAAGGUGCACAUCGUGCUGCCGGACGAGGGCGAGUACUCCCGUACCUACCGCAUCUUCAAGAACAACAUCCAGCUGGCGGAGGGAGUGACGGUGGGUCACCUCAAGGAGGCCGACCCGCCCAACCCGCUGGCGGCGCUGUUCGCGGGGGUGGGCGGUGGCGGCGCGCCCAGCAGCCGCGAGGCGGGUGAGCGCGCCGACACCUACAUCUUCAUCAACGCCACCUGCGUGGAACUGCUCAACCUGCGGGCAUACGUGGAGAAGCUCCCGGGCGGCCCCGAGUCCGGGCGCGCGCUGGUGCUGUGGAACAUGGAGCUGGACACCCUGCGCGGCGACCUGGGUCUGCCCGCCUUCCCGCCCAAGGAGCUGCACUACGCCUUCCUCAGCCGCUUCCGACCCGUCUUCUACCUGCGCCCGCGCGACUACUCCAAGUCGGUGCCGGUGCCGCCCUUCAUCGUCAACUACAGCGGAGCCAUGUUCCGGGAGUACCCGGGGCCCUGGCAGGUGAUGCUGAAGCAGGACGGUGGCGAGUACGCGUGCAUAGCGGAGGAGCCUGUGCGCUACAACCUGGGCGAGGUGAAGGAGGAGCUGACCGUUGCGAUGGGUUUGGCGACUGAGGAGGAGGGCAGCACCAUGCAGUUCCUGCGCCGCGGCUACAAGACCUCCACCUGGUACGAGGACGACUACGAACAGGAGGCCAGCCAUGAGUGGAGGCUGUGAAGGGAGUGCAGACGACGUGUGGUAAGGUGGUGCGUUUUUGUUGAGUGAGGAGAGGAGGCGGGUCGGAGAGGCAAGGGGCUUGAUGGUCCGUAGCGGUGUAGGCUUUCGGAGGGAAGCUGGAACCGGUAUUUUGAGGCCUAUUUUGACGAGAGGUUUUUUGUCGAGGGAUAAUGUGUGAUUCAAGUGCGGUCGAGUUGGUGUGGCAGGAGAGCUGCUGGUUGUUGUGCAUUGCAGUGGGCACACAAAGGGGCCCAGGAGGCAAACCUCGCCCUGCCCUGCAGCCCAGUGGCGUGCAGGCUGUCAGGUUUAGUGUGGCGCCGACAGAAGCGCCAGCCAUGUAAGGAGUGAGCCAGCGCUUACAGAGAUUGAGGUGCCUGUAACAUUAGGGAGGGAGGGCCUUGGAUGGCUGUGAAGGGCCUGACACCAUCCCGCCCCUAUGGGGAUAUCCAG